AUGGCGCCGCCGUCUCCGUCCCCGCACAGGCGAGCCCCGCUCUUUCGGCCGCCGGAGCUGCCGCUGCCGUCGGCUCUGGUGCCCCCGAAGAAGCGCCGGGUCAUGCGGACUCCGCCCAAGGCCACCACCCCCAUCCCCCCUCCUCCCCCACCCGUCCCCGCCGCCGCCGGGGACCUAGCGGUCCCAGCCCCCACCCCGCCUCCUCGGGCGGACCCUGUGGGCUCGCCACCGGCCGCGGACCAGAAACCCACUUUGCCGCCGCCGCCCCGAGCCGCCACAAAACCCUCUUUGCCGCCUCCCCCAACCGCCGAAAACCCCUCCUCGCCGCCGCCAUUAACCACGGAAAAACCCUCCUCGUUGCCGCCGCCUCCGGCCGCCGAGGACGAGAAUCCCUCCGAGCCGCCGCUCCCAGCCACCGAAAAACCCUCCUCGCCGCCGACGCCUCCGACCGACGCGCCCGCGUAUCGUGCUCCUACGCGAAAGGUGCGGAAGGUCGUUAGAAAGGUUUCCCCCAAGGGGACGAUCGCCACUCGGGAGGCUGCGGCGGCGGGGGCGGCUUCAGCUGCCGCCGGAGCGCUGCAGCCUGGGGAGGGACACGCGCAGGACAAGCCCCCAACCGAUCGGAAUGCUGCGGAGGACGAAGUGGUGGGAGCGGAACAGAGUUUGGGAGAAACUGCAAUUAAGGAGCCGGCCGCUGGCUGCAAUUCGAUUGCUGUGGGUGAAGCGCAAUUGGUUAAGGAAAUGGUGACGGAUUGUGGUGAUGCCCCUGUGGUGGAGAAACUGGUGAGCAGGGGUGAGGGGAAGGAUGAAGCUGGAAUGUCAGAGUGGCAGAGGAGGAGGAAGACAGAGGUGUUUGUUGGUGGGCUCAACAGGGACGCUAAGGAGGAGGAUGUGAGAGCGGUGCUUGCAGAGGCGGGGGAGAUCGCUGAGGUGCGGAUGAUAAUGGAUUCCAUGACGAAGAAGAACAAAGGCUACUGCUUUGUGCGCUACCAUGAGGCUGCACAGGCGAGGAAGGCCAUUGCAAAGUUUGGCAAUGUUAAGGUUGUGCUUCACCCACUUGGAUGA